CCUUGGAGGGUAAAUCACUCAAGGAUUGAGGUUGAUGUCAGAGAUUGCUGGCGUGCACAAGAUGAAGGUCUACGGCUGGAUAGCAGUGGCUGUGUUGCUCGUUCAGGCUCAACAAGGGUCCCCUUCCAAGGUGCACGUGUCUGAAGGGAAAACGGUGGAGCUCAAGUGUCCUCACGCCUCUGCACUCCCCCCGGUCCACUGGGAGAUAAAUGUGAAUGGGAUCCUGGUCUCCCCGCUGGACCACAACGAGGACGGACACUUCAGCCUGGCCGCGGACAACCGCACUCUGACGGUGCAGCGGGCGCGAGCAGAACACAGCGGCCUGUACCACUGCCAGGGGAUGGGUGAGAGUAACUGUGCGUGGAACAGGAAGUCCGUCCUCCACAGAGACUCCAUGCUGGCGGCGGCGGUCAUCUACCAAGAGAUGUACGGCCACCCAGACGGCGGCGUCCCCGCCACCUUCCACGUCCUCUACAUGAUUGGCUGGAAGCCUCACGAGUCCCAGGCCCGGCCGGCAAAGCGAGGGUCCGCUACGGUGUCGUUCAGCGACCUGACCCAGGUGGGCCGCACCGUCACCAAGGAGACGCCGUAGAGACGCCGGACCCCGGCCAGAACAUUCUAUUCAUGUUAUAAUAAUGUACAUAGUGUGGGAUUUAAAGUGUUGGCCUUUUUAAAGAUGAACCCCAAUAAACAAGCUUUGA